AUGGCAUCUGAGUCACCGGAAGCGCGAGAGCUGCGAUCUCUGAAUGUCAUGAAAGAUGCCAUUGUCAGAGGAGCAAACAAUGAGAAGAAGCUAGAGCAGGCCCUCCAGAAGCACCUCGCUCCCUUCGUGGCCAUGGGCGGCAGCAAGUCUGCCAAAACGCGUGUUGAUGUCAUUCGAUUCGCCCAGUCGAUAAAGAAUCUCAUCGGCCGCUCUCAAAUCAUCCUUCCCGUUGGCGCCCUCAUCGCCCAAUACAAAAAGCCUGAUGCAUCGCCCAUCGUGCGCCAGCUGGCCUCCACCUUCAUCACGCUCGGCGUAGACCGGAUGGACGACUACGAUCGGUCCCAACUCAUCAAAGACAUAGCAACUGGCAUAUCUGCUCUGUCUUCAGCUUCCUCGGCGUCUUUGAUCCUGAGGGUCCUCCUACGUAUCAUCCCAACCGUCAAAAUCCCCUCCCGCGGAAGCCAAGAGGAUGGCUCCUUUCGGUCUUCGAUUGGCCUUUCGGCCAGCAAGGACGCCAACUGGGUGGCGUCAUGGAUGGGCAAGGUGCUCCUGUUGAAGCUGCCCAACUUUGGCGCCAGCGAUAAGCUGACGAGGGAUGAGGGCAUCGCCAAGCUUGCCCCCUUCAACAAGGCUCUGCUCAAAGAUGAGCUUGACUUCCUGUGCCCGGAGUGGCGCGACGGCAAAUGGGUUCAGCCGUAUGACGAUCUUCCCAAUCUUCGCAGGAAGAUUGCCCAGCUCCUCGCCAGCGGGGCCUUCACAGACCGCGAGAAGCUUAUCCCCGCCAUCUUCGCCGCCAGCAACACCGACAGUCGCGUCUCCGAGCUGGGCGAUGACAUUCUUAAACGCACCACCGUCUCUUUUGACGAUGCCGCUCUGGCCAGGGAUCUCUUCAGCGCUCAUGGUCGCAUGACGGCGCCCUACCGCACUCGGAUUCUCGGCCUCCUAUCGAAGUCCCCCGUUUCAACCUCCAUGGAAAAGGAGAUCGCCACGCUUGUUGACCUCGACUCUGGCAUCAAUUGUCCAGAGCCUCUCCAGCCUGUGUCCAACCUGGAGCGGAUCAAACUUCACCGUGCACUCUUCGUCUACAUCGCAUUCAUUGCGCUACACGGCCCCUCGCAGGGCGACUUUGCCAUGGGUUCUUCUAUUCUCGGAAAGAUUCGCGGAUAUGUCGAGUCAAGGGGCUGGCCGGUCCCUCAUGACGAGGUAGCGGCGUCCGCCAACAAUGCUGCCUCGGCAUCUAACGCUGAGCUCCGAGGACAGGCAUACGAGGUGAUCGGUCUUCUCGCCAAGGCAACCAAGAUGAAUUUGCGCGAGGCCUUCGGCCUCGCCCAGUGGCUAUUUCAGUCCCUUUCUGAGGAUCCCACACCGGAGGUAGCGUUCAACAUCGAGUCGGCCUUAUCCAGCAUGCUGCGUCAUUUUAACCCCGACAAGGUCGACCGGGGCGAACUGGCAGCCGUCCAGCUGGGCCCGAUGCUUUACAAAUAUCUUACUCUACCUGAUGGCGCUGCCUCUGUCCGGAGCGCUCGGUCAGUGGCCGUCAAAUGGGCCAAUUCAUGCUUCCCGUUCAGCGACCCAGAUGCAAGAUGGACCUCGAUUAUUGCUAUUGCUGGAAAGCGAGAUGAAAGCCACGACGUUGUCGAAGAGGGGAAAAGGGGACUGGAUCCCUGGGCCUAUCGUGUGCAAUCAGUCUCCGAGAUCCCCGAUUGGGUUACCCUUUUGAAGGUGUUCUUCUACCCUGGCAACGACCACGGAAACCUAGCGCAGACGAUGACCCUGGAUCCACAAGGCGCGCUGCCAGUCGUUGGGGGAGAGCCUGCGGCAUUGGGCAGAUUCGAGGGAGAGCACAUCCACGCCUUCAGCGUUGCAGUCAAGUUUGUCAAGCAGAUGCUUCUGCUUACAGCCCUCCCGGCCCUGAACCGGACCCCUGAUUGGGCCGCACAACUUGAUCUCGCCAUGUCGGUCGAUGUGAAGACUCGCGGGCUGGUACGAGAGUAUCUCGGUCGUGCUAGUAAAACAGACGUGGCCCUGUUCCUCAAGGCAUGUCUGGACGGAGCACUCUCGAGGCGUACCAAGGGCCUCGACGCUGUUAUCGAGGAGAGUCUGCGUUGUUUCGUUGAUGUCGGUUCUCUGGCGACGUCCGGCGAGCUUGAGUGGCUAGCGGCUUUUGCGGCUGAUGUGUUUCCUCUGACCGCCUCGCACAACAAAGACAUUCGCAGGCUUGCAGCUCAGGCGCUUGGAAUUCUCGGCGGGCAUCCGACCAACACUGAUUCAGCCCGUUACCCUGCCCUCAGCCAGCGUUUGCUAACGGAUUGCACCAUCAAAAUGCAGGAACGCAUCGCCAGUUGGGAGACGGCCUUUGGGUCCGAUGCGUACGCUGUGGAGGGCAGCGUCCUGGCUCUCGGCCACCUGUAUUCGCGAGUCACGUUCUACGGCGAAGAGUCUAAACCCGACUCUUGGCUUCCCCGAAAGCUCUUGAACAAGGAGAGCGAGUCGGGCGAUCUCCAGAAUGCAGCCAUGGAAGCUUUUGGGCAGUUGUGGUCCGCCCGUCAGGACGUCCCCGUUUCGGGUUCCGACUUGAGCCCCGACUCUGUCAUUGAGGCGCUGCGUGCCAAGGCCGAAAGUGGCAACGAGAAGGCGAUCUUUGCGCUCGGCCGCCUGGCGAUCGGGCUGGAAGACGAGGUGUGGGCUGAUGUCCCCCGUUCGGAGCGCUCCCCAGAGCGCUCGAAUCCCCUUGAAUCCGUUCCGGGCGACUCGGGUCUCGCCUUUCCCGACAAGAAGACCGAUAAUCUAGACAAUAUUCUUCGUGUUCUCUACAGCCUCGAGACGAAGCGAGAGACGGAGAUUCAUUUCACCAUUGGCGAGGCCAUCACUGCCGCCGUCGGUGGUUGGGAUUCGGAAGCAGUCUCGCUACAGAUGGAUGUUGAUCACAAGCCGGGCACGUGGCAGAUUGGUGCGCGUGAGAAACGCCUACAGCUGGUUCUCAUGAAGCUCUUCAAGGACUGUCGCGAUACGGCUCCCUUCCGCCUCAAGGCCGCGGGCAUCUGGCUGUUCUGCAUUAUCCAGCACCUGGGACAUCUGCCCCUCGUUCGUCAGUACUCGCGCCAGGCGCAAGCUGCGUUUAUGCGUCUGCUGAAUGCGCGUGACGAGCUCGUCCAAGAGACUGCGUCGCGCGGCUUGUCUCUGUUGCACGACCGCGGAAAUGCGCAGGAGCGCGAGGAUCUUGUCAAGGACCUUGUCAACGCGUUCACCGGAGACAGCACCCAGCUCAAGGUUGAAGGCGACACGGAGCUGUUCGAGCCUGGCGCCCUUCCCACGGGCGAAGGAAAGUCAGUCACGUCUUACAAGGACAUCAUUGCGCUCGCCAACGAGGUCGGCGACCAGAGUCUCGUUUACAAGUUCAUGAGCCUCGCGAGCAAUGCUGCGACAUGGUCUACGCGAUCGGCUUUCGGGCGCUUCGGCCUCAGUAGCAUCCUCACUGAUGCCACCGUGGAUCCUCGCAUUUAUCCCAAGCUCUAUCGCUACCGGUUCGAUCCCAACAAGAAUGUUCGCGCGUCCAUGGAGGAGAUUUGGAAGUCUUUGGUCAAAGACCCGAACGAGGCUAUCCAGAAACACUUUGAUGCUAUCAUGUCUGAUCUUCUGAAGUGCGUCCUCGGUAAGGAGUGGCGAACUCGACAGGCCAGCGCGGCUGCCAUUUCUGAGAUCAUCGGCGGUCAGCCUUUCAAGAAGUAUGAGCAAUACUAUGAGCAAAUCUGGACUGCAGCCCUCAAGGUCCUCGACGAUGUCAAGUCGUCUGUCCGUGAGGUCGCGCUCAAGCUUUGCAUGGGCCUCACCAGCACCAUCGUUCGCCUGCUCGAGGAUGGUAGCUCUGUCGACACGGCACGGGUCAUGCUAGGUCAAGCUCUGCGGUUCCUGCUGUCGUCGAGCGGCCUCGAGAGCAACGUCGACGAGGUCAAGGGGUUCUCCCUCAAGACCAUCAUGGACGUGACCAAGAAAGGGGGCAAGGCGCUGAAGCCGUACGUCGCCGAGAUCAUCCCCCACCUACUCAACCUGCACAGCACCGUCGAACCGGAGCAGAUCAACUUUGCGUACCAGCGGCUGCAAGAGGACAAGCGUGGACAGCUCGAUAAGAUGCGUGCUUCCUUUGUCAACACGUCGCCCAUUACUGAAGCCAUCGACAACUGCCUGCGCCAGGUCGACGACGAAAUCAUGACACAACUUGUGCCCAACAUUGAGCAGACGGUCAAGUCGGCCAUUGGCAUGCAGACCAAGAUUGGCUGCGCCCGACUGUUCACAGAUAUGGUCAUGCGCCACCGGCAUGAAAUCGAACCAUAUGCUUCCAAGUUCCUGCAGAUGAUGGAGAAGCAGGUGCUCGACCGCAACGACGAGGUCAGCCAGGCGUAUGCCAAGGCAUCUGCCUAUCUGAUGCGCGUCGCUCCCGAGGCAUCCAAAGACCGGUUCAUCACCAAGGCCAUCGAUCUGUACUUUGACGCCGAGGACGACGGCCGUCGUCAAAAGGUCUCCAACGUCAUUCUCGCGCUAUCGACGGCGUCGCCCGACAUUUUUAACGAGCUCGAGAGCCGUCUCUUGCCGUUUGCGUUCAUGGCGUCUCACGACACGGACGAGUGGGUCAAGAAGGCGUUCACGAAGGUGUGGGAUGCGCACGCCGGUAGCUCCCGCACGGUAGCGCGCUAUGUCGAGGAGAUUGUGGCCUUUGUCAGGCGUGGCCUUGACGCGCCGCGGUGGGUGCUUCAGCACAGCGGCGCGUUUACGAUUGCGUCCAUGAUCAAGGACGUUGUCGCGGCGAGUGAUGCCAACGGCCAGAUCAGCGACGCCAAUCUGAAGCUCAUCUGGCCCGUCCUCGACAAGGCGCUCGCGCUCAAGACAUUCACCCACAAGGAGAAGCUUCUCGCGUCGUUCCCCAUCUUUGUGGGCCACGGCAAGAAGCUCUGGCAAGACGACGCCGGCAUUGCGGCGCAGAUGAAGAAGAUUGCGCUGCGCGAGGCCAAGCGCAACAACGACGCGUACCGCGUGCACGCGUUCACGUACCUGUGGAAGUUUGCCGAGGUGCGCGACGACCUGGAUCUCCUCGACGACAUUUUCGCCAUUGUCAAGCCGUUCCUCGACGAGGUCAACGACGAGGACAGGAUGGACGUCGACAGCGAGGACAAGGCCACGGCGACGGCCAAAAACGGGCUCGAGGCCGUGGCGCGCGGGUACAACCGCCCGCAGCUUCAGCAGGACUCGUACGGCGUGCUCGACAAGAUGAUAAGGCUGCUCAGGCCGUACCUCGGCAGCGCGCAGUUCGCCGUCAUGAAGCGCGAGGUCUGGUACGAGUGCGUGCGGGACGUGGUGCGGGCUGCGGUACCGGGCUCGGGCUCGUCCUCGUCGACGGCGGCGUCUGAGGCUGACAAGGCCGUCGCCACGACGUAUCUGCUGUCGCUCGAUAUGGACCAGGUCGACGUCGGGACAGAGGCGCAGCGGAACAUGCGGGCGCAGGCCAUGGGGGCCGUGUUUGCGGCCAAGGGCAGCGGUGUGUUUGGCGCGGCGCCCGAGGGUGCGGAGAAGGCGCAGCUCGUGGCCAUGGUGGAGAACGCGCUCGGCAUGGAGCGAUCACUGGAGGUGCAGGCUCAGCUGAAGACCAUUCUGUCGGAGAUGAAGUGA